AUGAACGGAACUGCAGCCUCGACGAGAAGCAAGAGAAAGGCGGCCUACUCGCCCCGCAACUCUCCUCCUGCCAAACGCGCCGUCAACGGCAAGCUCUCCCCGGGAGACAACACACCCGAUGUUGUUGACGAGGUUGAAUAUGAUGACGAGUCGGAUUUGGGUGAACAUAUCCACGCCGCUGCGGCCAUGUACGUUGGCACGCCGGGAAGCCUGGGGGAAUGGCAGGACACCAUCCAGAAAGUUGUGCGGAACGUCGUUGCCAUUCGCUUCUGCCAGACUUGUUCUUUCGACACGGACUCUGCCUUGACGAGCGAGGCCACGGGUUUUGUAGUGGACCCUGAACGAGGAUAUAUCUUGACAAACAGACACGUUGUUGGCGCGGGCCCCUUCUGGGGCCAUUGCGUUUUUGACAAUCACGAAGAAGUUGAUUGUUACCCAGUCUAUCGCGACCCCGUUCACGACUUUGGCAUUCUGCGCUAUGACCCAAAGGCAAUCAAAUACAUGCUUGUAGAUGGAUUAGAACUGAGACCUGAUCAGGCCAAAGUUGGCGUUGAGAUCCGAGUCGUCGGUAACGACGCGGGUGAGAAGCUCAGCAUUCUCUCAGGCGUCAUCAGCCGCCUCGACCGAAAUGCCCCAGAAUACGGCGAGGGGUAUAGUGACUUCAACACAUGCUACUACCAGGCCAAUGCUGCUGCCAGCGGCGGCAGCUCUGGCAGCCCGGUUGUCAGCAAAGACGGAUGUGCCGUUGCACUGCAAGCUGGUGGCCGCUCCGACGGUGCCUCGACCGAUUACUUUCUGCCCUUGGAUCGACCUUUGCGUGCACUGCAAUGCAUCCAGCAAGGCAAACCGGUCACGCGGGGUGACAUUCAGUGUCAGUUCCUGUUGAAACCUUUUGACGAGUGUCGGAGACUGGGCCUCACUCCCGCAUGGGAGGCAGAGGUUCGAAAGGCCUUCCCCAACGAGACGAAUAUGCUCGUUGCCGAGAUUGUUCUGGCUUCUGGACCAUCCGACAGCAAAAUCGAAGAGGGCGACGUCCUGGUCAAGGUGAACGGAGAACUCAUUACCCAGUUCAUCAAGUUGGACGACAUUAUGGACUCAAACGUGGGCAAGAAAAUCCAUGUUCUGCUUCAGCGAGGUGGUGAAGAUGUCGAGGUGGAGAUUGAGGUCGGAGACCUGCACAGCAUCACUCCCGACCGCUUCGUCUCGGUGGCUGGUGCCAGCUUCCACAACCUGUCAUAUCAACAGGCCCGUCUCUAUGCCGUGGCAGUCAAAGGCGUGUACGUGUGCGAAUCUGCUGGAUCGUUUAGGUUUGAUAACACCGAUAACGGCUGGGUUAUCCAGACCAUCGAUCAUAAGAAAGUUCCCGAUCUGGACGCCUUCAUCGACGUCUUGAAGGGCAUCCCGGAUAAAGCAAGAGUGGUGGUCACGUACAAGCAUCUGAGGGAUCUUCACACGCUCAACACCACCGUCGUGUACGUGGAUCGUCACUGGUCAUCCAAAAUGAAGCAGGCUGUCCGCAAUGACGAAAGCGGCCUGUGGGACUUUACCGACCUGGGAGAAGCCUUGCCGCCGGUGCCCCCCGUGCGACGCUCAGCCUCCUUCAUCGAGCUGGACCACAUGCCUCACCCCGACAUUGCGGAGCUGAUUCGAAGUUUUGUCCACGUGAACUGCACCAUGCCGGUCAAGCUGGAUGGGUUCCCCAAGAACCGGCGAUGGGGAAUGGGGCUCGUCAUUGACGCCGACAAAGGUCUCGUUCUCAUCUCUCGGGCCAUUGUUCCCUACGAUCUCUGCGACAUCACCGUCACCAUCGCGGACUCCAUCAUCGUGGAAGGCAAGGUUGUGUUCUUGCACCCGCUUCAGAAUUAUGCCAUUAUUCAGUACGACCCCGCUCUGGUCGAUGCCCCGGUGAAGAGUGCCAGACUGAGCAGCGAGCAUCUCACCCAAGGAGCCAAAACGUACUUCCUGGGCCACAACAGGAUCGGACGUGUCGUGCAUGGUGCCACGACGGUGACCGAAAUCACGGCGGUUGCGAUUCCUGCCAACAGCGGGGCUCCGCGCUACCGCGCCGUCAACGUGGAUGCAAUCACUGUCGACAGCAACCUUGGUUCUACGUGCAACAGCGGUGUUUUGGUGGCCCCAGACGGCACCGUUCAAGCCUUGUGGCUCUCCUAUCUCGGCGAGCGAUCUCCAUGCAGCCAGCGCGACGAGGAGUACUAUCUGGGACUAGGGACGCCCACGCUCCUCCCCGUCAUCUCCACCAUUCAAAGUGGCGAAUCCCCCAGGUUACGCGUCUUGUCGGUUGAGUUUCGUGCCAUUCAGAUGUCGCAAGCAUCUGUCAUGGGGGUGUCUGACGAAUGGAUCAAGAAGGUAACGCAGGCCAACAGAUCGCACCACCAGCUCUUCAUGGUGAGCAAGAGGACCUUUGAACGAGUCGACCAGCCCGUCUCUUUGCUAGAAGGGGACAUCAUCUUGACACUGGACGGCAAGGUAUGCACGACAAUCUCGGACUUUGACGUCAUGUACACAAACGAAAUCUUGGAUGCCGUCAUUGUACGAGAGUGCGAGGAAGUGCGUCUUCAGCUGGCUACGGUGCCAGCGGACGACAUCGAGACGCAUCAUGCUGUCUCGUUCUGCGGCGCUGUUCUGCAUCGGCCUCAUCAAGCCGUUCGCCAGCAGAUCAGCAAGCUUCACAGCGAGGUUUACGUGUCGAGCAGAAUCCGCGGAUCUCCAGCCUAUCAGUAUGGAGUGGCGCCUACCAACUUUAUAACGCACGUCAACGGGGAGCCUACACCUGACCUGGAUACUUUUAUCGCCGCGACCAGAAAGAUUCCCGACAACACCUAUUUCUGCCUCAAAGCCGUCACUUUUGAUAGUGUGCCGUGGGUCAUCACGAUGAAGAAGAACGAUCAUUACUUCCCGACCAUGGAAUGGAUCAAGGACAGCAGCGAAGAAUGCGGGUGGCGGCGAGUCACAUACGAAGGGGGGCAAGUUUUCCAAGGAGAGGCUGUGGAUGGUGUGCCGCCAGUUGUUGAAGAUACGGACAUGGAUUGA